CGCAGCGCUGCCUAGAUUUCAUGGAAGUCAUUCAGAAAGUUCCGGUUCUACGAAUGAUGAGCAGACCAACAGCCGCACCGGUCAACCCUCCGCCACAGCCUCCAGCCGAGAAUGCAUACACAGGCACACCUAUUACCUCGCCACGUUCGUUACGGCAACUUUCAAUAUAUUUCCUCGGAAGUGCUUGCCUAUUGGCGUCGACAGCAAUAACACGAAAGGCUAUAUGGCGUCGGCAGCUACGGAUCAAGCCAAAGUUUUACGACGCGAAUACGAACCCUCACGAAUACUUUAGUCCCUUCUCGGAUGCUUGUCAGGCUCUAAACCUGGCUACAAUGAACUGUGUCAGCGUUGGGAUCAUGGCGCUAGGUGGAGCCAUGUGGACGUUCGACAUUGCAAACUUGAAGGAGGCUCGCGCGGUACUCAGAAGCCGCCUAAACUACGACCGAAUAUACGAGUCCGAAGACAAGAUACCGAAUACCAUCAGCGAGAUGAUAGCAGCAUCUGGGCAAAUGCGGAUAAUAGAGGAGGAUGUGAAAGAUGGGUCUGAGAAAAGCCAAUAACGACGAAUUACGUGUACGAGUACGACUGUAGGAAUAGUGUAUACAACAGAAAGCGGAGUCCUUCUCUGGUAGCUACUUCUCAGUAGUACCAUUGGGGCAUUGUGGAAGCC